AUGCAUAUGCGUAUGCGUCCACCCGUCAAAGACGUUCUCGAGCUCUUUGGUCCCAGCAUCGAAAAAGAUGUCAAGAAACCCAUUCUGGAGGAAUGUGAUUCGGCUGAUCCCGAAUUAUAUGUUAAUCCAACAAUGAAAGAUGGCCAUGUGCUUAGGCAACUGAAUUGUUGGAUGAUAUUUAAAAAAGAUUUUCACAAAAAAAUGACUGAUACUGGUCUUUAUGGUGAAAUUUGCCAUGCCUUUAACAUCCCGGGCAAGGAACGUGUACACAUGGUUGGAGAACUAGUGAACGAAUAUUGGACGCGUAUGACAGAACUUGAGCGAGCUCCAUUUAAAAAACUUGCCGAUAGGGUAAAAGAAAGAAUGAGUUCAAGAUUUCCAAAUCAUCGUCUCCGUAGAAAAAAAAGAAAACCCAAACUUGAUGAAAUGUUUAGACCUUACCUUCUGAGAAGCGAUAAAAAAAAAAAAUCUCAUCCAAAGAAACAGCAAACUCCAGUAGAUCACAAAAUGCAAGAUGAAAAUCAUUAUUUGUUUGGUGAUCCUUAUAGUGCAUACGUAAACCCCUUUAUUAGUGUUAGUGAAUUUUUUUUUGUUUAA